GCCAGACUGCAUCCUGCCUCACUCAGACCUCACAGGAAACACACACUCCUCACCUCCUCCACCUCUGAACACACUCCUCACACACACACUCCUCACACACACUCCUUUACCCUCUCCAGUAUCAGUGUGACCCAGUGAGAGGAUGGCCAUGUGGAGGAUGACCCUGCUGCUCGGCGCUCUGCUGCUCAGCUGUGAGGUGAAGUGUCAGGAUGCAACAACAGAAGCACCUGUUGUUAUCACAGUCAUCAACGCUGUGACAGCUGUAGAUGACCUCGCUGCCUCCCCCUCUCCAGUAUCUGGGGAUGCUAUCACUGUCGCUGACGACGGUAAAACUCUUCCUACUGCUGCUCUUGGAGAUCAAACAUUUCCAGCCACCAUCAUUUCUAUGGAUGCAGUUGAUAAAGUACUGGGUGGAGCAACCUCAGGACCCACUGCUGCCCCCGAUGUAACGAAGAACACCACCCCGAAAGAAGCACCCAAACCUGGGAGGACGGUGGUGCCGGGUGUGGCGUGUGUCGGGAAAGAAGACGUUUCUGAAAGCAACGCAGUGAAGGUCUCCUUGUCCACAACCGAUUGUGAAACAACAAAGCGCAUCAUCGAGGAGAACCCUGCAAGCUGGUGCAGCAAAGACAACUGUAACCUCAAAAUCUUCCAGGAGGGCAACACAGUGCUGGUGUCCAGUGACGACGCUGACCUGGCUACGCUAGCCGACGCCCUGAACAGCGAACACUUGAAAGAAAAGCUGGGAGUCACAAAGACGGAGACCCCCUCCUCGUCCGGGUCCUCGGUGUUUGUGGGGAUCCUGGUCAGCGGUCUGCUCGCCGCUGUCGCCAUCACUGUGGGGUACCUGAAGUGUCCCCGCAGGACCAGCGGCAAGGGAGUCAGGCUGGCGGAGGAGGCGUUCCCGGCGGAUCAGGAGAACCAGGGGAACACUCUGGCCUCCGAGGCGCCCCUGAACCCCCCUCAGGAAACCCUGGAGAAACCCAGCAUCAACGGAGAAACCCCCGAGGCCGAAAAGCCAGACCAACCCCCCCCACCCACCAACGGUCACUCCACCACCAAGACUGCAGACACCGAGCUGUGAAACAACAACACACACACACACACACACAAACACACACACACACACACCCAUAAACACACACACACACACACACACACACACCCAUAAACACACACACACACACAAACUCACUUUCUGACCACAACAAACGUGGACAUCAAAAUGACACGAAAUUAUUUGAUUGAUUUAAAUUGAUCGUAUCGUGGAUAGGAAACUCAUAGUUGCAGUCCACAGACCGGACUACUUUCUGUGGAUUGAUAUGACUGCACAUAGUCCCUUGAGCCUCCUUAGCAACGGUCUGUGUUCCUUAGCACUUUGAAUUGCCUCUGUGUAUUAAAAUGUGCUAUUACAAAUAAACUAACCUUAGCAACGGUCAGUUUUUCCGGACAACAACGGAAUGUUGAAAUUGACCAAUCGCAGUCCAGUAUUCAACUAAGCCGGGUAAUAUUUUGUCUGACUGCAGACACCGAGCUGUGAAACAACAACACACACACACACACAAACACACACACACACACACACACACACACACACACACACACACACACACACCAUCUGUGAGCCUCGUAAACAUCAGGGGAGGAAGUCUGAUGAUGAUGAUGAAGAUGAUGAUGAUGAUGAAGACGAUGACGAAGGCUGAGUCCCUGGUUGUUGACGCAGGCAGCAGAGGAUUGUGGGUGUGGAGAGAAGCAUCACUCUGUUCCCAUGAUGACUGCAUGUCAACACCCUGCAGCAUGCAUGGAUUACUGAAGGACUACAGGGGCCGAAAUACUGAAAAGAGCCACAAAACAAAUAAAGAGAGAGGAGAACCAUCUGCAGAGACACACAGAGAGACUUUAAAAAGGGAGAAAACCAACGUGGGGACAGAAUAACAACAAAAGAGACACAAAAUGAAUAAAAAAACACUCAAAAAAUGACACGAAGAGGAACAAAACAACCACAAAUAUGAAAAGAAUAGACAAAAGAAAAUAUGAGGUUCAAACAGACAGAUCCUGACUACUAGAGAUGAUUUAUAUAAAGAGACCAAUUAGUGAAAAUGAUUAUUGUAGGUCACUUUGGAUUCAAGCUAAUUCGACCAAUUAGUGAAAAUAAACUACUCAACAACAGAGACAGAAAACAAAUACAAAAAGCAACAAAACUACUUCCAAGUGACCAAGAAACACAAAACAUGUACAAAAAGUCUCAAAAUGACCACAGAAUGCCAAAAAACGCACCAACAAAAGCCUCAGCGACUCUUAAGUCUGCAUGUUUUUAUCCAGGUGUGGCUUUCUGUCUCACAAUCCGCCCUGCAGACUCUCUGCAUGGCGUCACAUUUACCCACAAACCCUCCACAGUAAACACCUGCUCCUCUGCAGCCAUGACAGACGGAGAGGAAACAAACCACGCUGCCUUGAAAUCUGUUUACAAACUCAGAGAGAAAUCCAUAUGGAGUUAUUGAAAGUGUGUGAACAUGUGCUUUAAAUCCUGCAUGUGUGUGUUACCGUGCAUGUGCAUAGAGGCUUCCCUUGCUUUACUGUAUUAUACGUGUGCUGUUGUAAUCGAGUGAACGAAUGAGUGUGACAUUAGCCAGUGUAAACUUUGUAAAAUAAGUUACUUUAAGUUGUGAUCUCCUUGUCUUUCUUCAUUAAUGACGCCUCGCUGCACAUUAUCCCGCUUAUUACACGGCCACGUGCUAAAUACACCAACGACUUGACUCACAAUAUUGAUUCAAAAAUUAUUUUAUUGAUUUAAAUUGAUCGUAUCGCGUCUGCCAAGACAAAAAUAAUAUUUAAAAACUAUUCCACGUGUUUUCUGAUGGAGGAAAGUCAUAUUUGUUGUCAACAGCUGACCGUACUACUUUCUGCAGAUUUAUAUGACUGCACAAAGUCCCUUGAGCCUCCUUAGCAACGGUCUGUUCUCCUUAGCAACGGUCUGUUUUUCCAAGCAGCAACGGAAUGUUCAAAUUGACCAAUCGCAGUCCAGUAUUCAACUAAGCCGUGUAAUAUUUUGUAUACUCUCUUUUUACUGUUUGUACUCUAUUGAGCAGUGUGUAUAGUUUCUGUCUUGUUUUUUUUAAGUUGUGUACCAACACUUUUAAGGUGCCAAAGUUUCUGAUGUCAUGUCUUAUGUUGUGUAUUAAAAUAUUUGGCACAUUUUUAUAGAACUUGAUCCAACUGCAGAAAAGUGUUCUUAUAAAUAAAUUCUAAUUUUUUAACUUUUUCAUUGCUAACAUUCCAAUAUGACUUUUUUUACUAGCAGCCUGUUUUAAAUUGGAAUAAACAUGAACAAAUAAAAGAUGAAUAACUUUUUAUGAA